GUUUCAGCUUCUUAAGCAACAACUGUUCUCAAUGUCCACAUACUUCAUCUUAUUUGUUCUUCUAUUGGUAUCCAGAGGUGGACAAAUGUACGGAGGAUUCUAUAGAGGAUCCGAUGGAUACGUUAGAGGCAAUGGUGGAUUCUAUGUAGGAUCCGAUGGAUACGCUGCAGAUCAUCGAUCAGAACACAAUAGUCCAGGAACAAUACUUCCAAGAAUUGAUCCACGAUGCAUGGUAUACUAAGCGCUCGUGCCUAUUCGUCAAUCAAUUU